AUGGCACCCUCAGGCCUCUCCAGUAACUGGAAAAUACUUCAACAGAAACUACAAAGUCGUGCGACUUUAACGGACUCAACAGAUACACCGCCAAAGCGAAAGACCGCCGUGACGGAGGAUGCCCGAAAAAGUGUCAAAAAAAUAAGGUCCAGUUUGCCCGGAAGUAAUAGCAAGGUGACGAAGAACCGUGAUAGCAAAUUCACAGCUCGAAAAAUGUCUGGUGCAGUAAUAACUUCAACUACUGCAACUAAGAACAAUCUCUCAUCAUGGGCCGAGGACAAUAAUAUCCCCAUCGCUGAUAUCGCACGGGCCUAUAAUCUCUCCACGACAGCCCCACACUCCACGAAGACGUCCGCCGAGGCAGUUGCCAUCUCAGAGGCGGACCCAUCAAGAACAGAAGUGGGGAAAUAUGUCGCAAUUGACUGCGAAAUGGUUGGCGUUGGUGGGGCAGAGAACGAACGUAGUGCACUUGCUCGAGUGUCAAUUGUUAACUUCCACGGACAUUUGGUAAUGGAUACUUUCGUGAAGCCGAAGGAACCAGUCACAGAUUGGAGAACUUGGGUUUCCGGCGUCAGUCCUGCCAGUAUGAAAACUGCCAUCACAUUUGAGGAAGUUCAACAGAAAGUAUCAGAUAUUUUACAGGACCGUAUCCUUGUUGGACAUGCUGUCCACAACGACCUCGAGGCACUUAUGCUGUCACAUCCUAAGCGUGAUAUUCGCGAUACAAGCCGGCACCCGACUUUCAGAAAGAUGAGCCAAGGGAGAACGCCAGGGCUGAAAAAGCUCACAAAGGAGAUACUGGGGUAUGAGAUUCAAGGCGGGGAGCAUUCAUCGAUUGAAGAUGCUCGAGCAUGUAUGAGUCUCUAUAGACUGCAGAAAGAUUCUUUUGAGACCUUGCAUGCAGCCAAGUACCCAGGACAUGCUAAUAAACAAAGAGGGAAGGGAGCUAGCGGUAAGAAGAAACAGAAGGCGUAG